AUGGACGGAUCUCAUCGCGAGUUUGAUCCUGACGGUGAUGUCCUUCUAAUUUUACGGAAUCCGAAUGCACCCUUUGCCGACUGGAGCGAGCAGGAGAAACUUAGUUUUACACCCUCUUUUGGCUUAGGAAAAAGGAAGAAGAGCAGGAAGGGCAAGAGAGGCAAGGCGCAGCCGCUCUCCGAUCCGCUCCCCGAUCCGCUCCCCGAUCCGGUAGACGUGGAAGAACCGUCACCGAAAGAGGCGCUCGACCGGCCUAUAGAAACGCCAGCCACAGAAGAUACACUCGAAGAAGACACUGGCGUAGCCAUCGGAGAGGUACGACUACGCGUCUCAUCACGGCACUUGACCUUGGCCUCAGCCUACUUUAGAAACCUUCUCACCUGCGCCUGGAAGGAAGCGACUACCAGUGCAGAUGGCUGCCGAUACAUAUACUUUGAACACUGGGACGAGGAAGCCCUUACGAUCCUCAUGCACGUCGUCCAUGGCCAAACUCGAAGUGUGCCUAGAACUGUCAGCCUUGAGAUGCUGGCGAAGAUUGCCCUUCUAGUCGACUAUUACAAGUGCCAUGAAGUUAUUGAAGUCUUCUCCGAUAUGUGGAUCCAGAAACUCAGGAACCAACUUCCGGCGCACUUUGAUAGAGAUCUCGUUCUCUGGGUUUUCAUCUCCUAUGUCUUCAUCCAAGACGAUAUCUUCAAGGAGGUGACUAGAACAGCGAUAGAGCAGAGUCCAGGAGAAGUUUCAUCCCUGAGUCUUCCAAUUCCAUCCGUCAUCGGCAAGUAA